CCUGCGCGAAAGCGAUGCGCAAUGACACAAGAUGGCGGCCUCCUGCAGGUUGAGAACCGAGAAGUUAUUCGUUGUUUUAAAUUGUCCUCAGACCUUCAAGAUGGCAAAUACAGAGAUCGUGACUCCAGACCCCUCCAAUGAUAAAUCCAGCCGUUUUUUUUUGGUGUCCUGGACCAACAGCCUCCUAAAGACAAAGUUCAGAAAUGUACGGCAGAUGGGUUCAGGUGCAUGUCACUGUCAGAUCAUGGACUGUGUUGUUCCUGGAUCUGUUGACAUGACCAAGGUAAAGUUUGAUGCACAAAGUGAGGACGACUAUAGGCACAACUUCAGUCUCCUCCAUGAUGCCUUCAGCAGUAAUGGUAUUACAAAGACCUUACCAGUUGAGGAGCUUAUAAAAGGGGAUUUCAGAAGCAGCUUUGAGGUCCUGAAGUGGUUCAAGUGUUUCUACACAGAAAAUGUGAAAAGUACUGAAUAUGACCCAGUGAAAGCGCGGAACAGCCAUGAUAUUACCCCCAUUCUGAAACCUCCUCAGUCAGAUCAGAAUGGCCGCAGUUUGACAGUGAAACAGUGUGAAGUUCGUCUUAAAAAGAUAAAUCAACCAACAAAUGGAGAUGACGGUACUCCUGGAGAGAAUGGGGCUAUUUGGAAAGAGGGGACCGUUAGGGGAGGUUAUGGAUGGGAGAACAGCUUGCGCCAGAAGCCACAGGCCCGUACAGUGUUUCAGGCUGGCGAUAGCAACCGGUGCAAACCCGUAGAUAAGGACCGCAUAAAUGGUCGGGAGUCCCAAGAUGAGGUGUUGGAUGAAACGUCGCCAUCGAGUAAACCCACACCGACCAGAGGACGACGGAAGCCUGCCUACCAGGAUGGUAAAGGAUUUCUGGCCGGAGAGCUGAUAUGGGGGAAAGUGCAGGGGUUUUCCUGGUGGCCUGGGUUGGUGAUGCCUUGGAAAACCAAGUGUGCUCCUCCGGGUAUACGGAGGGUGGAAUGGUUUGGAGAUGGGAUGUUCUCAGAGGUCUAUACUGAAGGUCUUCUGCCAUUUAGUGCCUUCACUAAGUGCUUCUGCAAAAACUCCUUUGCCAGCUUGCCUACCUACAAGGAAGCCAUCUACCAAAUCAUUGAGUUGGCAGGUGAGCGGUGUGGAAAGCCUUUUGUCGAGGCAAAAGGUGAUAAAGAAAAAGAGCUGAAGCUGAUGCUGGACUGGGCUGUUGAGGGAUUUCUGCCUACAGGGCCUGAGGGAUUUUUACCUGCUGAUUCUUCUGCGCAAGUUGAUUCAUCUGACUCGGCCCUGUCCGACUACCAGCCCCCAGCAAAACGAAAGUCUCUUAUUAAACAUAAAUCAAAUGCACCCGGCAUCAUCGAUAUCAGAGAAUCAAUAAUAGAAAAGCUCAAAGUGAAAGGCAACACAAUUGAAGAUUUUUGUUUGUCUUGUGGAUCGUCUGAGAUUGCAGUGCAGCACCCGUUAUUUGAAGGUGGUCUCUGUCUAAAAUGCAAGGCGAACUUCUCAGAGACACUGUAUCGCUACGAUGAUGACGGCUACCAGUCGUAUUGCACUGUGUGCUGUGCAGGGUUGGAGGUCGUCCUGUGUGGCAACGCCAGCUGCUGCAGAUGUUUCUGUAAGGACUGUCUGGACAUCCUGGUUGGGCCGGGAACCUUUGACAAGCUUAAAGUUAUUGAUCCGUGGAGCUGCUACAUGUGCAAACCGUCACAGUGUGAUGGAAACUUCAAACUAAGACCAGACUGGAGCGUUAGAGUUCAAGAUUUCUUUGCCAACAACAGCGCCAUGGAGUUUGAGCCUCACAGAGUUUACCCCUCCAUCCCUGCUGAUCUACGCAAACCGAUCAAGGUGCUGUCACUUUUCGAUGGCAUUGCAACAGGAUACUUGGUGCUCAAAGACCUGGGCUUCAAGAUCGAGCGAUACAUUGCUGCAGAGAUCUGUGACGAUUCGAUCGCUGUGGGGAUGGUCAAACACGAGGGCAAGAUUGAGUAUGUCAACGAUGUUCGCACCAUUACAAGAAAACAUCUGGCUGAAUGGGGUCCAUUUGAUCUUCUGAUUGGAGGCAGUCCAUGUAACGACCUGUCCAUGGUCAACCCUCUUCGAAAAGGAUUAUUUGAGGGCACUGGGAGGCUCUUUUUUGAGUUUUACCGCAUACUGACCUUGCUGAAGCCGAAGGAAGAUGACAACCGUCCGUUUUUCUGGUUGUUUGAGAACGUGGUUUUCAUGAGCGCCCAUGACAAGUCAGAUAUUUGCAGAUUCCUUGAGUGUAAUCCAAUUCUUAUUGACGCAGUGAAAGUCAGUCCUGCUCACAGAGCACGUUACUUUUGGGGAAACCUACCUGGCAUGAACAGAGCUCUCGCUGCAUCUCAAGAUGACAAAGUGUGUCUUCAGGAUUGUUUGGAAAAUGGUCGUCAGGCAAAGUUUGACAAAGUCCGCACUAUCACCACAAAGUCCAACUCCAUAAGGCAGGGGAAAACCGGGUCACUACCUGUCACCAUGAAUGGCGAGGAGGACUACCUGUGGUGCACUGAAUUGGAACAGAUCUUCGGCUUCCCCAAACAUUACACAGAUGUGAACAACAUGGGCCGGAUGCAAAGACAGAAGGUCCUGGGUCGCUCCUGGAGUGUCCCUGUAAUCCGUCACCUCUUCGCCCCACUGAAGGAUUACUUUGAAUGUCAAUAACAACGGUGAAUCUUCACAUCAGAGCAGCAGCGGUAAACCCAAUGCCUUAUCCUGCCCUGUGUUACCAGGUUGCUCAAACUCUCCAGUCUUUAUCUGAAAGGCCUAAUUUAGUUUUCACUAUUUUAACAUUUAGAAAUGAUUUGCUCAUGAGCCUCUUUUAAUCCUGUGAAUUAUCAGUCAUCCAUGAUCUUGUAUCACCAGCAGGCACAUACACUGUUCACUUUGGUUUAUUUACAGGUUUACUUUGAAACGAUGGUGCUCAAACAGUAAAGUUACUCAGUCUACAGGCCUGUGUCACAAAGCGAGAUGAAACGGUUACUCACAUUUUUCUGUAUCACAAAGCUGGCUCACCUUCAACGUAGUAGAUCACCAUGGUAACGGGAGUAGGUUCACUUAAGAGGAUCGGAUCAUACACAGCCAACAACUCCAUCACCUAGGUAUAGUGGGAAAGAGAGUUUACAGUGAAGUGCAACAGAGAUACUUUUAUGGAUCAGUCACUCUGUAUACUAUGAUGAUAACACUGGGGCGAUAGGAGACACUUUUGCACACUUUUGUGUCUAGUCUAAGAUUUAAACAGAGCCUUUACCACACUGCCAGGUAGACCUUAACAUGGUUGCAAUUAAUAAUGUUUUUACUCUUUACUUUUGUUUUGAUUUUAGUUUACUGUUCUGAUUGAGUGUUAACAUCUCACAUCAGCACUUUUGGUAGCAGCAGCUGACGACAGCAGUGAGUUCAUGCAUUUAGUGAAGCAUUUAGAAGCCACUUCUCAGGACCAGGAGGCCAGCAGCACAGAUUAGGGAGUGACUACUGGUCUCAAAGUCAUCCGGUGGCUAGAACUCUGAUUGAUGCUGAUGUUGCUCCAUCACAGCUGCAUGUGUAAGUAGCUCCCAUAAAUAUGUCAGUCUUGUGUUUACAGCUAUUUAUUCUUCAGUUUAACUUCAACUGUAUUUAUAUGUAUCUUCUCACGCCAUAAGAAAAAAUGCUCCAAAAUGUUCCUGUUUUGUUCAGUGCCAGGUAACCCAAAGAGCCAGUGAGCUCGCUUCGUGAUACAGGCCCCAGCUCUCUACCUCAACACCGAUUUCUUUGUUUAUAAUCUACAGUUACACUUUUUUCAUCUUUGUUAAUUUAUGACUUUGAAACUUGGGAACUUUUCUUUCUUUCUACAUGUCCUGUAUUUUAUAUCGUCCUACUGUACAUUGUGACCAGGGACUUUUAAGUCUGAUCUGAUCAUUCUCUUCCUGAUUAGAUCAUCAAAUGUGAUUAAUUUUAUUUCUUUUACUGCCUGAUAACUGAUUCAACUGACUGGUUAUUUUUUAAUCUGUAUUUUAUUACAUUUUUAACCAAAUUCUAUUCAUCCCACUGAAGUGCGCCAGUGAUUUUUUUCCAAAAUCCCUUCACUGGUUUUGUGUCGGUGCUCACAUUUUAUGUGUUUUAAGGACUGUUAUUUAUACAAAACCAAAAAUAUUUUGAAUCUACUCUCUGAGGACUGUUAAAACUGUGGCUGUUAAUAUUUCACUAGGGUGCUCUUAACACUGCUGAGGUCUCACUUUAAAAACAUUAUAUGUAGCAUCUUCUAAAGUGGGAGUCAUGUACCUUAGAGCACUGUGACAGUAGUUUUGCAAGUGCAUGCUUUAAAACAAAAAAGUCAACUAUAUUUCUGUACUGAAUAAGGUUUUGUCAAAGCACAGAAGCUGAAAAGCCUUUAAUGUCAUCGAUCCCUUUUACAAAAAACGAGAGCAGCAUGUAGCUUCCUCAGGGGCAAACAACAACACGCAGGUAAAGACAGUAAGAACAAGAGACUGAAGCAUGUUUGUACCCUACUAUGGCUUUGUUUUGUUUUUGAAGCACUGAAGUCAAAUAAAAAGGUGAACAACUAUAGAAACUAAUGAUAGCGUUAGGCCAAAUAUCGAAUACAACCAUGAAAUUUAAAAAAGAAAACACUUAAAGCCCCUUACAUUUUAUGAAAUUCUUCUAACAAGUAAGUGUUUCCUGCUAUUUUUAUUAUUGUAUUUUCUCCAAACUCCACAUAAUUACAGUUACUUUUUUAUACAGAACUAUCAGAUAUAAAUGUUGCCUGAACAGUCAGACAAAAGCGAAACAGCUGCUUGUUUUGACUGACAUGAAAAUAUUGAGAUGAAAAGUCCCAACAACACCUAAUUCUGACCUGAAACUCGCUCUGUGUUGGAUUACUUUUUUCUGGUUUGUUGGUUUUCAUACAACUUAGCCUGGCUGGAAGCUAUAGCUGAAUAAUCAGAGUAGGUGACGUAUUCUUAGUUUAAAGCUUCUGAAAUGACAGGAUUCAUUGCUUAUGUUCUCUGAAUAUCAGAAUAUUUACAUUUGUUAUUUUUCUCUGUAAUUUUUUGGCUAGAAUUAUAAAUAUCGCAAUUCCUUUUGAAAUAUGUAGUAUUUUUAGAUCUUGAUUGACUGUUGGUGAGACAAAACAAGACAUUUGUGCUCCAGGAAGUUGUGUUUUGAUUCAUUUUACUGGCCAGAUAAACGUCAAUUAUGAAAAAAUAUGCAGAUUGUUUAGAUUUACUGUUUGUACUGAUAUAACCACUGAUACAGUCCUUUAAAGCUCAAUGAGACUAAAAAUGGUGCGAAAUUUUUUGGUUUUUAAAAGGAAAACUUUUGUAACUCUAACAUCAGCAGUACUGUUCAGGUGUCCCUAGGUUGUGAUUUUAUGUACACUUGUGUUAUUGUUAUUCAGGUUAAUCAUGUUAACUUUACUGAAAGUUAAGAUAUCAGAGCUGCCUUAGCUUCGAGUGUCCUUUGGUUGAUCAUGCAUAAACAUUUCGCUGUUUGUUAUCAACAGGCCUACAGCGAAAUGUUCUAAUGUGACACUUUUACCUCACUGUUGCUUUGAUGGUGCUGCCGUACCGGUGCUAACUUUGCAUGUAGUUUUUUUUAGUCUUUUUACAUUACAUGUUACCUGUGAUUAUAACUGGAACCAGCUGAAAGUGAACUUCCCUUGUAGGUUUUUGUUUUGCAGUGUGUUGAUUGUUCAACUGUGUGUUUUUAUCAGAUGAAAAAGUAAUGUAGAGAAAUGUUAGUGUGACAGUCAAGUAUCUUGGUGAGAACAACACAUGUUGGGACACAAUGAAUUAAAGUGAGAUGCAUGCUCUG